CGCUGAUAGUUGUACUGUUUGAGCAGGCAAUAAAAAUAUUGAAUAUUAAAAAUUAGAAACAAAAACAGAAAUCAACAACAAACAUCAAAUCGUAAAGUAUUCAUAAGCGCUGACAUUGAGCCGGCAGCGCACAGUCGCUCUUUGAAUUUUGUCGCGUGAACAUAGUUUUUUCUGCCUUAGAAAUCUCCCAAAGUUGCUAUGAAGUUUGUAGGUGUUGCAUUGUUGUUGGCGUUGGCGUUAGCUGCACUGCUGGACUGCGCAGUAGCCGCCGAUUGCGAGUAUCACGGACAAAAGGCGAAUAAGGGCGAAAAUUUCCAAAUAAAAGGCGAGUGCAGCCAGUACACCUGCGACGGACCCGGCGCUAUCUCUGCCAAAACUUGCCCGUCCAUUUACGCACCACCAAGUUGCAAGUACACGCCGCAGGACGACUCGAAGCCUUACCCCGCCUGCUGUGAAUCGUACGACUGUUAGUGACUUACGCGUGCGCGUGAAGUUGUUUUUGUGUGUUUUGAAGUUAAAUAAAAGAACAAAAUUUUGAAAUGCCUAAAA